AUGCAUGCUAUUCACAGGCACAAGGAUGCUAAAAAGGAGGUCAAACCUGGAGACCUGAUCAAGAUCUCCUGUGGUGAUGGUAAACACUGGGCUGUUUAUGUUGGUGGUAGAAACGUCGUUCACCUCGGACCAGCCAGUGAGUUUCCUGGGUUGGGGGCUGGUAAGGGCGUUGUGUUGAAGGAGAAGCUGAAGGACGUGGUGAAGAAGGACAAGUGGAAAGUCAACAAUUUCCUGGAUAAUGAAUACAAACCUCGUCCAGCUGUUGUUAUCGUGGAGAAGGCCUGUUCACUGGUGGAUACAGAGAAGCAGUACGACCUGUCGAAGUACAACUCUCAAAACUUCGCCACUGAGAUGCGCUACGGCAAGCCUGAGUGUCGGCAGGUACGUUAG